AAUAUUAAUGCAAAUCCGCGUCAAGAGAUAAAUUUUAACAAACUAAUAACAAUUGAGAUAAGAUUAGCGCAAAAGAAACUCUAAUUUUAGAGCGUGUAAACACAAACACGUCUUGAAAGUAAACGUGAAUUACACGCUUCUAAAACGAGCGUGAGUUUUGGUUAUAACGAAGAUACGGUGAAGUGUGACACCUUUCUACGUUAAUUUCAGUUUGAGGACACAACUCAAGUUAUGUUUGAUAUCUAAGGACUUGCACUGUCUCCAAAUCUGCAGGAAGGACUUUUUGAUUGGAUCAAUAUAAAUACCAUCUCCAUUCUCGUCUCCUUCCAACAACAUCUUUCACACAACAAUUCACACAAUUUCUCGUUUUUUUUUGUUUAUCAUCAAAAGUUUUAAUCUAAAUUACGUAUCAAAUUCCGAGCAAGAUGACUAUUCUUGUUGAACAUUUUGUUCCUGAUUCAAGAGUGGAUGAAAAGAAAGUGAUAGAGGAGAGGGAUAAUGAAUUGGUGUUGGAUGGAGGUUUUGUGGUUCCAAAAUCAAAGGAAACUGAUGCAUUCGAUGCUCCUGAUAUGAAUUUCUUGGGCCAUUCCUUCAGGGAUUAUGAGAAUGGUGAAAGCGAGAGACAACAAGGUGUUGAGGAAUUUUACAGGAUGCAACACAUUCACCAGACCUAUGACUUUGUGAAGAAGAUGAGGAAAGAGUAUGGAAAACUUAACAAGAUGGAAAUGAGUAUAUGGGAAUGUUGUGAGUUAUUGAACAAUGUUGUUGAUGAAAGCGAUCCGGAUCUUGAUGAGCCUCAAAUUCAACACCUUCUCCAAACCGCUGAAGCCAUUCGAAGGGACUAUCCCGACGAAGAUUGGCUCCAUCUCACUGCCCUAAUCCAUGAUCUUGGCAAGGUUCUCCUUCUGCCAGAAUUCGGUGGUCUUCCCCAGUGGGCUGUCGUUGGCGAUACAUUUCCAGUUGGAUGUACCUUCGACUCAGCCAAUAUUCACCACAAGUAUUUCAAAGGAAACCAUGAUAUCAACAACCCAAAGUACAACACAAAAAAUGGAGUUUACACUGAAGGAUGUGGUUUAGACAAUGUUCUCAUGUCAUGGGGUCAUGACGACUACAUGUAUUUGGUGGCUAAGAAGAAUGGCACGACCCUUCCUCACGCUGGUCUCUUCAUUAUUCGAUAUCAUUCCUUUUAUCCAUUGCACAAGGCAGGAGCCUACACACACUUGAUGAACGAUGAGGACAGAGAUGAUCUCAAGUGGCUCCAUGUCUUCAAUAAAUAUGACCUAUACAGUAAGAGCAAAGUUCUGGUAGAUGUCGAACAAGUGAAGCCUUACUACAUUUCACUCAUCAACAAGUAUUUUCCGGCGAAACUAAAAUGGUGAGAUAAAGCUACGAGUCAAUUAAUUAACUAUCUUUUAUGAGGAGAACGAGAUCGAAGGUUAACGAGUUUCUAUUGUAUACAACGGAAGAUAAAUCUAUCUAAUAAAAAAGUUGGUGUGUUCAUUUGUAAUUUUUUCCCCCAUCAGUUUAAAAGUUAUGUUGUAUGAAAUAAGUAUUUCAAUAAUAAUAUAAUAAAAUCUAAUUAAAAUACAUAAUGAUAUAUUUGAAUUUAAGAAGAAGGAC